UCUGGUGAUAGUAAACCUCGAGUAAACCUCUAGCCCUGUGACAAAAAGGGAUCUGGACGCAGAUCCCACUCCCAGCACAGGCUUAGGAUAUCUUUAGGUGGGUUGGAAGAGCUUCAGGAGCCCCCAAGGCACGGGGAAGGGCGGGAGCAGAUGGCGGGGCGGGAUGAGUGGCAGCCGUCAGCGCGCUGUCUGCAGCGGGAUGCAGGUGUGAAAGCGAGAAGGCUCCAUGAAGGCUCGCCGGGAACGUGCUGCGCUGACAGAGCGAAUCCCAUCAGCUGGGGGAAGAGGAGUGAUUAAAGACUCCAAAAAAAGACUGGAGUGAGAUGAAGGCUGCCCGAGCUGAGCCCCUGUGGCCCUGCCUGUGCUCCGCUGGGAACACAGUGGGUCUCAGAUGAUAAAAACCGACUCCAUGGAUAACGGUUAUUUUGCGGAGCCAGCCUAGAGGUGCAAUAAAAACCACAUAGAAAGGUAAAUCCACCUUUUUUUUCUUUCCCUGCAGACCCCGAGGAUCCACUGGCAACAAACUGAUACUCCAAGGCAGUGGCUAUGGCCAAGGAGAGCACAGCUGCUGACCAUGAGGGACUCUUGAGGAGGGUGCAGGAGCUGGAAGCAGAGGUGAAGCGGUUGCAGGAGGAGCUCCAGGAUGACAAGGAGGGCACUGGCAGGAGAGAGGCUGCUCUGGCCCCCAGGAAGGCCAAAAAACGCCAACAAAGGCCAUUCGAUUUCAGUGCGCACGGCCGCAGACACGUGGCACUGCGCAUCGCCUACCUGGGCUGGGGCUACCAGGGCUUUGCCAGCCAGGAGAACACCUCCAACACCAUCGAGGAGAAGCUCUUUGAAGCCUUGAAGAAGACACGGCUGGUGGACAGCAGAGAGACCUCCAACUACCACCGCUGCGGGCGCACGGACAAGGGAGUCAGUGCCUUCGGGCAGGUGAUUUCCCUGGAUCUCCGCUCCAGCCUGCCGCCGGAGGGGCAGCAGCAAAACGGGCAGGCGGGCGAGGGGCAGCGGGAGGAGCUGCGCUACACCCACAUCCUCAACAGGGUGCUGCCCCCCGACAUCCGGGUGCUGGCCUGGGCCCCCGUGGCGCCAGAGUUCAGCGCCCGCUUCAGCUGCCAGCGCCGCACCUACCGCUACUACUUCCCCUGCGCCCAGCUGGACGUGGCCCUCAUGGACAGCGCUGCCCAGCGCUACGUGGGUACCCACGACUUCCGCAACCUCUGCAAGAUGGACGUGGCCAAUGGGGUGCUCAACUUCCAGAGGACGAUCCUCAGUGCCCAUGUGACGUGGGUGGAGAGAGGGGGAGAAUCCGGGCCGCGGGAUCCCUUCCGGCUGUGCCAGUUCGAGGUGACGGGGCAGGCGUUCCUGUACCACCAGGUCCGCUGCAUGAUGGCCGUGCUCUUCCUCAUCGGCCAGGGCGUGGAGAGCCCAGACAUCAUCGACGAACUGCUGGAUGUGGAGAAGAACCCUCGGAAACCGCAGUACAGCAUGGCAGUUGAGUUCCCCCUGGUCCUGUACGACUGCGAGUUCCCAGACCUGCAGUGGCUCUACGACCCGGAGGUGCAGAGCUUCAAUGUGACACACCUGCAGCAGCUCUGGGCCAGCCACGCCGUCAAAACCCACGUGCUUCGGGACAUGUUGGCAGGGCUGGACACUGCUCCCACAGCCACUGGCAAAGGUAAGGGGGGAGUUUGGGGGAAUACCUUGGAAUUCACACUAUGCAGCCUGGUCAGCAGCUUCGUGGAGGGGGUCCAAGCCCGAACCUACAAGCCCUUGCUGUCCCGGCCCCGGUGCGAGGGGCUGGAGGCUCGGAUCGAACACUUCGUGCGGAGGGGCCGCAUCGACCCCCCCCGGGGGCCGGGGGUGCCCGGGGAGCAGGAGCCCCCCGAGGGCAAGCGGGGCAGCAGCGCAGCCCCCGAGCAGCCGCCCAAGAGGGUCUGCGUGGACACCGAGUGACGGGGCGCCUCGACACUUCCUUUUAUUAUUGUUAUUGGGGGGAAAAAGCGCGUUUUUUCGGUGCUGUUUUUUUAUAAAUCUCAAGAAACCUCUUGUAGCAGUGCUGUGUCCUACCCUGGAAGGGGGGGGGAAGGAGGGAGGCGCAGCACCG